AUGGCGCCGUCACAGAAGAGAUCAAUUGAGGACGAUUUUAUCCAUACCCUCUCGGAUAACGACGACCAAAUUGCCGAGGAAGAGCAGGUCGCCGUUCAGCCUCCCAAGAAGAAAGCAAAGACGAACAAGAAGUCGGCCAAGAAGAGCAAGGAUGAGGAGCCUCAACCGGAAGAGACCGAAGGGGUCUGGGGACAGAAGGACGAGAACGAUGGCGCUAUGGACUCUGAUUUCGAAUUCAUGGUCGACGACGCUGGCGACCUCGGCGAGGAUGAGUUUGAAGGAUGGGGAUUCGAAGGCGCAAAGAAGGGCAUGGCCGUCGAGAAGGCCGGCGUCGACCUGGACGAGAUUAUCCGAAGACGAAGAGAAAAGAAGAACAAGAAAGUUGGCAAGGAAGAGGAUACUUCCACCGAUGAUGCAGCGGACAUUGACAUGGACGACGACGAGGACGGAGUGCUCGCAGAUGAUGCAUUCGGCAUGAAUGUCGACUCAGACGCCGAGGAGUCGGGAGAAGAUGCCGACGCUAACGGAGACAAAGAAGAUGAUGGCGAUGAAGACGAGGACGAAGACGACGAGGCGGCUUCCGACAAUGACUCGGUAGCCACACCCGUCAAUCACCCUGACGACAUGUCCGACGACGACGAUGAAGAAGAUGCCGAAGAAAAAGCUAAACGAGAUGCCUUCUUCGCUCCUGAAGAAAAGCCAAAGCCCGGACAAAAGGUUGAUGUUUCAUCGUUCCAGGCCAUGUCUCUGUCCAGACCGAUUCUGCGUGGUAUUACCACCGUUGGCUUCUCAAAGCCAACUCCCAUUCAGGCCAAGACCAUCCCCAUCGCUCUCAUGGGCAAAGAUCUUGUCGGUGGUGCAGUUACAGGUUCCGGUAAAACAGCAGCGUUCGUACUCCCCAUCUUGGAACGACUCCUUUAUCGACCCAAGAAGAUACCCACCACACGUGUUGUGAUCCUUACUCCAACCCGUGAGUUGGCAAUCCAGUGUCAUGCCGUAGCUACAAAGCUGGCAGCGCACACCGACAUCAAGUUUACUCUGGCUGUUGGAGGUCUCAGUCUCAAGGCCCAGGAGGUGGAGCUUCGAUUGAGGCCGGACGUGAUUAUCGCCACACCUGGUCGAUUCAUUGACCACAUGAGGAACUCGGCUAGUUUUUCUGUCGAUACCGUUGAGAUCCUGGUGCUUGAUGAAGCCGACCGAAUGCUCGAGGAUGGAUUUGCCGACGAACUCAACGAGAUUCUCACUACGCUGCCAAAGUCACGUCAAACGAUGCUCUUCUCCGCUACCAUGACUUCCACCGUCGACCGUCUCAUCAAGGUCGGAUUGAACAAGCCCGUGAGGGUCAUGGUGGAUUCUCAAAAGAAAACUGCAGGCACACUGACCCAAGAGUUUGUGAGACUUCGUCCGGGACGUGAAGAAAAGCGAAUGGGCUACCUGGUACACAUCUGCAAGAACCUAUACACGGAAAGAGUCAUCAUCUUCUUCCGCCAAAAGAAGGAUGCCCACAGAGCCCGAAUCAUCUUUGGCCUCCUAGGCUUUUCCUGCGCGGAGCUACACGGUAGCAUGAACCAGACACAACGUAUUGCUAGUGUUGAGUCAUUCCGAGACGGCAAAGUUUCCUAUCUAUUGGCAACAGAUUUGGCCUCUCGUGGUCUCGAUAUCAAAGGUGUUGAUACAGUCAUCAAUUACGAGGCUCCCCAGUCAGUAGAGAUUUACGUGCACAGAGUUGGUCGAACGGCCCGUGCUGGACGCCAUGGUACAUCAGUGACUCUUGCUGCCGAACCCGACCGCAAAGUCGUCAAGGCUGCCGUCAAGGCUGGCAAAUCUCAGGGAUCCAAGAUUAUAAGCCGCGUCAUCGAAGCCAAGGAUGCGGACAAAUGGCAGGCCGAGAUUGACGAGAUGGACGAUGAGAUCGCCGAGAUUGAGAAGGAGGAGAAGGAGGAGAGACAGCUUGCUCAAGUUGAGAUGCAGAUCAAGAAGGGCGAGAACAUUAUCGAGCAUGAGGCCGAGAUCAAGUCCAGGCCGAAGCGAACAUGGUUCGAGACACAGCACGACAAGAAUAACGCCAAACAGGCCGGAAGGGAUGAGCUGAACGGACCACGAGCCGCAAAGAAGAAGGGCGGCAACGUCAAGCUGAGCAAUAAGGACAAGAAACGCCUGGAUGCAAAGGCAGACCGAACGGACAGCAUGGGCUGGAAGAAGGGCAAAGGGGACGCCGCAAAAGCUGCCCAAGCCGCCAAGGCCAAGGGGGGCAAGAAGGCUCCUGUCAAGGGCAAGGCAAAGGUACAGGUGAAGAAGCCUCGGGGGAAGAGGUGA